CAAUCAACGGCGGAUCCGGCGCGGAUCACGGGCUCCGAUCCGAGUUGGACUCCUGCUCCUCCGCUCGCGAUCCAACGGCCCGUCCCGGCCCGGCCGGCCCUAUAAAACUGCGGCGCGGCACCCCGUGGCCUCCACCAUCGAUCGGCAACGAAACCAAAGCCAGCAGCCUCUCGAUCCGCAAGGCUAGCGAUAGGGAGCCCGCCGCCGCAGCCAUCUAGCGCGCGCCGCCGCCGCCGCCUCUUCGCUUCGUUCGGUUACGGCUGCUAGGGUUUGAGGGUCUAGUAGUAGGGCGGCGAGCCGCGCGACGCGCAGCCGUCGAUCGAGAUCUUUUUCUGCUAUAUACGAGACUACUACGACGCCCAUGGCCAGCUUCAACUUCGGCCUGCUCGAGCUCGCGGACGGCGAGUCUGGGGAGGCCGCCGUGUCCGUCGUCGUCGGCAAGGCUAAGGCCGAGGCCGCCCACGCCAAGAAGGCCGAGUCUGCCGCCGCCGAGUCCGCCGCCGCUGUCGCGACCACCGAGAAGGCCGUUCACAAGAACCUCUACUACUUGAAGCUUCAGCACGACAAUGGUAUAAGAAAUAUUGAGCACGGGCUGAAGAGGUCGAGGGAUGCUUUGAUAAAGCUGAGAGAGCAGGAAACAAAGUUGAAGGGGACAGGAGAGAAUGGAGUCCAUCUCAUUCAGUUGUCGGAGGAGCAAAGGGAGCUCCGUCUCAACCAGUUGUCUGAGGAGCAAAGGAAGCUGAGGCAGCAGCAGAAGAAGCUGAGGGAGGACGAAGCAAGGUUGAGGCCGCUGAGGAAAGAGUUUUAUUUGGAGCAUGGAUUUCCUCUGGAUGGUGGUGACGAAGAAGAGCCCCAAGUCCCCAACCAGGGGGAAAGUGUUCAGGGCAACGACAAUGCUGGUGAUGGCGGCUAUAACAGUGAUGGCCGUGGCAGUGUACCCAGCAAUCACGAUGGUGAGCCAGAUGUUCAACCUGAUGGAGCCUAUGCCUACCAUGAGAGGCAGGUAGCCUACAACAAUAAUGGUGGCAGGCAGGGAUAUCCUGAGGUCAGGAAGGUUCAGAAGUGGGUGGCUAAGCGGCCAUCCUCUGAUGCUGGUACAGAGGCUGAUCACAAGCCUGAGGAGAAGGUAACCUCUGAUGCUGGCUCGGAGUCUGAUCACAAGCCUGAGGAGAAUGAUCAGAAGCCAGCCGCCACUCCUGCUAAUGAGGAUGGUGCGCCUGCCUCUGGUUCAGAAAAAUCUUCUGCUGCUGGGGUUGCUGCAAGUAAGAACGGACACGAUGGUUCCACAUUUCGGAAGCAGAAGCUCAAUGGCUCUGAGAAAAGGAAGAAGAGGAAGAAUGCUAAGAAGAACGGUGGCGAUGAAGUUGAUAAGGAAAAGAAGCAAGAUUCAUCCGAGGUUGAUGUUUCAAAGAAGACUGACAAGGAACCACCGGCAGACUAUCCUAGGGAGGAAGAGAAAAAGACCCUUGCUGAGUAUGAGAAGAUUCGUCAAGAGAAAAAGAAGUCCUCGGAGGAUGUCUCAAGAACUGAGCAGAGGAAGGUCUCUGCCGAGGAAUUCAAGGGCCUGCAGAUGUUGGAGAAAAAGAAGCUGGAUGAUGAGGAAGCUGUCAUGAAGGCAGAAAAGGUUCAGAACAAGGCUAAGGAGACUGUCAAGAAGGAAGAAAAGGCUCAGCCCGAGGCAAAGGACGCUGAUGCUGCCAAGCCCAAGAAGAAGCCGGUCGUCAUGGCGUUGAAAGAUCUCUCCUUUGCGCCGCCAAGGCGCACUUUUAUCCUGGAUGAUAGCUCUUCCAAUGGUGGCGGUGCUCGUGGCCGCUUCAACAGCGGCGGUUUCCAGGGCCGCAGCCGCGACAACAGCAGCGACUCCCGGGCUCCUGCCGGUCGCCCUGGCGACAAUGGCAGGGCGGCCCAGAACGAGGCUGGCAACUACGGCAACGGUGCUCCCAGGGGCGGCUACUCCGGCGGCCGCGGCUACGGUUCGCCGAGGGGCGACUACUCUGGCGGCCGGGGCAACCGCGGCGGCUACCAAGGCAAUGGCGGCUACCACAACCAGGGCGGCAACGGCGGUGGGUACCACCAGCAGCAGGGGGGCUACCAGCGCCAUGACAACUACUACCGUCCCCGGGGACGCAGCUACUACGGCAACGGCCGCAACCCUGCCCCCAAGCCCAUCGUUGUCGAGGACAUGAACUUGUUCCCGCCGCUACCCGCCUCCUCUGCUCCGGCCCGAGCUGCCGCACCUGCUGCAGCUCCCACAGCCGCCUCUGCCCCCGCCCCCACCCCCGCGCAGUCGUAGAUCUCUUCUGAUUAGUCGCUUUAUCUUUUGGUGAUAGGAAUUUGUGGAGAGAUGAACAUUGGAGGAGGUGCUCCUCGAUUUUGUAACGGAUGGUAUAAUAUUUUUAUUAAGUUUCUUUUGCUUAA